AUGGCCGACUUGAAAGAAAACCUCCUCGUGCACAUCGACGACAGCUCCCCCGACCCUCCCCCAGCCUACGAUGCCAACGCCGCACCCGCCCCGCGGCUUCCACGCCCCCCUCCGCUCUCCCUCCCCGUCCUCAACGACCUACGCACCAAGCGAGUCAUCCUCGCCUCGGCCUCCCCGCGGCGCCGCCAGAUCAUCUCCCUCCUCGGCCUCCCCUUCGAAGUCAUCCCGUCCAAUGCCGCCGAGGACUUCCCCAAGACGAUGGAGCCGUUCGAGUACGUGCUGGCGACGGCAACGAAGAAAGCCCAGGCCGUGUACGAGCAGGAAAUCAUCAACGAGGCGAAGGGCGAGCCGGCGCUGAUCCUCGCCGCCGACACCGUCGUCGUCGACAACGCGUCCGGCUCCAUCCUCGAGAAGCCGCGCUCCGAGGCCCACCACCUCGCCAUGCUCAAGAUGCUGCGCGACAACAAGGUCCAUAAGGUGUACACAGCGAUGGUGGCCAUGGCGCCGCUGGCGAGCGCCCGCCAGCCCGGGUAUGCGAUGGAGACGCACCUCGAGGAAACGGAUGUCUGGUUCGACGGCGAGGUCACGGAUGAAUUGAUCCUGGCGUAUGUGCGGACGCGCGAGGGCGCGGAUAAGGCCGGCGGCUAUGGACUGCAGGGGCUUGGAUCCAUUCUUGUCGAGAGGAUCUCUGGGAGCUGGGAUAAUGUUGUCGGGUUGCCGUUGAAGGCGGCGUUGAAGCUGGUUGAGCGGGUGAUGGCCAAGGCGGAUGAUGAGGAUGGAGAUGCGGAUGAUCUGUUGCUGGAGGACGAGGAAGAGGCGUAG